UUCCCUUAAUUCAAAUUAAUUAAGGUGACUAAAAAAAAUGUCCAAGGACAUGAAUCUGUCAGUAAAUGGGGAAUCUCAAGUGCCUCCCGGAUUCCGUUUUCAUCCAACGGAGGAAGAACUUGUUCAUUAUUACUUGAGGAAAAAGGUUGCCUAUGAGAAAAUUGAUCUUGAUGUUAUUCGCGAUGUUGAUCUGAACAAGCUUGAACCAUGGGACAUUCAAGAAAAGUGCAGAAUAGGAUCGACACCACAAAAUGAUUGGUACUUGUUCAGUCACAAAGACAAGAAGUAUCCGACAGGAACUCGAACAAAUCGUGCUACUGCAGCUGGAUUCUGGAAGGCUACUGGUCGCGAUAAAGUCAUUCACAGCAACUGUAAGAGAAUAGGGAUGAGAAAAACCUUAGUCUUUUAUAAAGGACGUGCCCCUCAUGGUCAGAAAUCAGAUUGGAUAAUGCAUGAGUAUCGCCUUGACGACAACAUCAUCAUUCCCCAACAAACUACUCUCAACGUCAAUGAAUCAAGUAAUAACCUGCAGGAAGAAGGAUGGGUGGUGUGCCGUGUUUUCAAGAAGAAGAAUUAUCAUAAGGCUCUUGAGAGUCCAUCACCACUCAUGUCCACAAUUCAGAAACCAAAUUACAACGACGGCGUUCUUGAUCAAAUACUCAUGUACAUGCACAAACAACAAAACAGCAGCUUGGAAAACAACAACAACCAGCUCCUUCACUUAGAUGAUAUGCAAAUAAAUAACACCAACUCCUUCAUGAUAAAUAAUAGUAAUACUCCUACAUUCAUCCACCUCCCGCCCCUACACAAUCAUCAUUCUCCAACCAACAACAACAAUAUUAUCCAACAACAUUGUGAGACACCUAAAACUAGCCUGCCUGUUGAUUGGUCACAAACUUCAACGGCAUCUGGUCCAAGUGAUUGGGUAUCUCUCGAUCGUCUGGUGGCUUCUCAACUUAACGGCCAUGACAAUAUUUCAUCAAACAACAACAUGAUAUGUUUUCCUCUUCAUCAUCACGGUCACGCCAGACAAAAUGAUGACGACGAUGCCUUCUCCCAAUCUCAACCACAUGAUGACCACCAAGUUGACGUUGAAUUUUGGAGCUACUCACCAUCACCCUCCGAUCCAUUAUGCCACUUAUCAGUUUAAUUCCUCUCCAUCAUAUAUUAUGUACACCAAAAUAAGUUCAACCUGAGACGUUAUUAUAUAUAGUAUCCUUAAUAGUAAUUAGUUUGAUUGAUACAAUGAUACUAGUACCACGUACGUACGUAAUUUUUUUUUCUUUUUUCUUUUAAUAAUAGUAUUAGAGUCUUGAAUAAUGGAGUAUGUUGACAUGAGACAUGCAUAUGAUAGUCAAC